AUGAGAAAUCGCAUCUACGAGGAAUCGAACGUCGACCCUGUUUUUGCCGAAUCUCUUCGGGCAACAUGCCCUCGAAACGAUGGCAUUGGCAACAGCAACCUUUCUCCUUUCGACAUUGUUAGCCCAAAUAUAUUUGAUAAUAACUACUUCAAAGAUCUAAUGGAGAUGAAGGGCCUUCUACUCUCAGAUCAGGUACUACUAAACGGCAGGGAUACUGCGUUUGCUGAUGCUCAGGUUGCUCUCUACAGCAACGAUCAAGAUGCCUCUUUUAGUAAUUUCCAAGUUUCUAUGGUGAACAUGGGAAACAUUAAGCCUCUUACCGGGACGAACGGACAGAUUCGAAAAGAUUGCAGGAACCCAAACUAA